UCGCGUGCCUCUCAUCCCCCUCCUUCCUUCGAUGUUGAUAAGGCCAAAGGGCCCAAACGACGUCUUGUUUCCGCUUCGCGGUCCCCCUCGGUAAAACGCCGCCGUCGUAAUCCGUUAGAUGGCACCGUCUUGCCCUGGCCGGUCUCUAUUUCUGAUUUUGAAAACUCUGGAUCAACUUCGACACGUCCGCGAUGAUUUAGUUCGGUUCACCAAGAUCGUGGACACCGAGAUCAAUGCCCUUGAGUCCGCUCUCGAGUUGGACCCUUCAACGACGCUGCCGACCGUGUGGGCAACGCGUGGGACGCCUUCACCGAGUCUCGGCUUUACUUUCGAAAAUUCGGUGUCGUAGGUCUUCGCCGCCUCUUUAUAUCUUUAUAAGUACUAUCGGGUACGCUGAUCGCCACGCGAACAGCCUGUCCUCGCACAAUGAGGCACAGGUGCACGCUCUGCGCCAGCUCUUGUCUCAGCUGUACCAGUUCGAGACGGCUCAAGGAGAAAGGAUCGAGCCCAGGGACGUCAUGAUAAUCAGUCCCUACAGGGACCAGAGGGCGCUGGUGGACGACAUCCUUGGAAAAAACAACAUUGGCUUCAAUGAGAAUUUGACUGUCGAUGCAGCCCAAGGAUCCGAGUCUCCCGUUGUGGUCUUCCUGAUGACAAAACCAUCCAAGGAUGCCAGGAGCGUUGGCUUUGUCGGUGACAGAAGCCGACUGAAUGUUGCUCUCAGCCGGGCGCAAAAAGUUCUGAUCGUUAUUGGGAACUUGAAGGUCUGGGACUCCCACCAGAUCAGGCUGAUCCAUCGUACCGCCGGCAAUCGGAACAAGUUCCUCUUGGAUCUGCUCAGGGACGUCACUCAGAAGUGUCAUACCCUGACCUGGCACGGCGCAUCUACUGUGGAAGAACUCGAUCCUUCCCCCCCAGACGGUCUACUUUUCGCAUGAUCGAGAUAUCCGGCGUACGUCCACGAGCGCAGUGAAUCCGGCUGUUGCAGCCGCGGCGGGGUACAGGUACAGUCGCUAACCUUUUCGGCACCCAGAGCGCGGGUCGCGUUACCCAGUGCGCUUCGUACAGCCAAGCGUCUCAGUCACUGCCGCCACGACCGCCACUGCCUGGGUUGUCUGCAGCGCCGCGACAAGACG